AUGAUAUUGCAGGUGUACCUGGUUGCGUUUGCUGUGCAGUGGAACAACCGCAUGGAUUCCCUCCGGGUUGCUGGUGGUCAGGGACGGAAGACGUCAUGUAUGGAUGCACGGCAGAUCCAGCGCAUGAAUCAGCAGGCUGAGGUCCUAUUCGGCAAGGAACACCUCCUUGAGACCAACUUUGCUGCCCCCAUGCCCGACUCUGCAGAUCCAGAUGAGGGGGAGCUCCUCCGUGUGGAGUAUGCCAUGUGCCAGUCCACCAACUUCAUGGCAAAGAGCUACUAUGCAAAGAUUGGUACAGUACAAAAUCUCAUACUUUGACAACUAUCCAUUAUAAUAUUAUUAUAUAACUAUUAUACAGAAACCGAGGAUAUUUUUUAGCCUUAUUCUUGCCAAUUUGGUCCACUGGGUAUUAUGAAACAGAAACUAGAGCUAUAAUUGGCAAAUAGGCCUAUGAAUAUAGUGAGUGUUUUAACAACCUUAGCACAUUGUAAUGAUGUAUUUUUAUGUGUUUGCAGCUGAGGAAGAGCAGUCUCGUGAAGAGAAAGAUGAUGAGGAGACAGCUGAACAAGGUGAAGAGGAGACGGAAGAUGAGGGUGUUGAGAUGUCUGCAGAGUCAGAGGACGACCCUAUCGACAGCGUGUCGAGGGAACACACCCUCCUUAUCCAAGGAGAACAGGUGAAGGAGGAGGACAGUCCUGCUCUGCAGGAUGUACUCAUGACCCAGCGGCAUCUGCAUCUGCCAGGGAUAGAGGAAGUGGAGAGAUUGGCGUUGCUGCUUCUGAUCCUGGCAGAUAACAGUGAUCAACACCUUGUGCCAGCCGACCUCAGACAAAAGAUUAUUGCUGCUGCCAGCUCCCUUCAUGAGCACGACAAGACAGUCUCCAACUUUGUCAAGAAGUACGAGUCCAGGUGGGGCUACACCCUGUUCGGCCGUUGCCUUGGAGCCGACUCACCUGAGACCAGUGCGGCUCAGAAGACAAAGUUUGGGUGGAUGAGGUACCCUCAGGCAGCACAGGUGACAGAGGAUAGCCGCCUGUUGUACCUCAUCAUCAAGAUGCUGAAAAAUCGACCGCCGGCCAGUCAGCUCGCCUCUCCCAGCAAGGUUACCACCUGCUUAAAGGGGCAGUAUAAAAGGAUUGCUGACCGAGUGAGAGACGAUCCCAUUCUCGCCAAUCUCUCUAUCCCUCUGCCCAACAUCAAUAACAAGUCCAUCUCCAACUUCAUCUCAAGAGAGGAGAAGAAGGCCAACUACAUGGCAACUGUGUUGCCCAAAACAAAGCCCCACAAGACAGUGCUGUCGGAUCAACCAGUACCCGAAGCUCCUGACCUACCCUCAAUCCUACCACAACCAGAUCGACCUCAAGUGCAGUAUCAGCACCCUCGUCAUGUCACUGGGAGAAGACGUGGUGAGAAGCGACGGUAAGAUGUUUACAUCUUUACAGACAUUAAAUUAUUUGAGUAAGCUGUUUUCCUGAUUAAAAAUAAAAUAUUAAGCGCUGACACAGAUAAUUGGACUUACAUCUAUUGAAAAGAACAUAGACUGUCCCAUUGUUAGCAGAUUUACCAUUCUGUUGAUGUUUUUGUUAUGGUUUCACUCAAACCACAACAUAUCUAGUUGGGCUUAAGUGACCUUAAAGUACAAUUAAUCAAUAAUUAUAUUUUAAUGUGGCAAACAGCAAUCUAUGUGAUAAUUUAGUGUGAUUUUCCAUGUCACCACUAAAUAUUUUAUUUUCAAUGCUUUAAACAGCCAAUUAUACCUUUAAAUGAUGUGAGUAGUCUUACUGUGAUAACGGAAGUAAAUGCAUGUUGAUCUUAUCAUUUUUAUGCUUUAUAUUUGCAGGUUGAAUUUUGAGGAGCCGGAGCCUGUGAACCGACCCAUUUGUCAAGAGUCUGCCUCGGCAGAGCGUACAACCCUACCCAUUCUGCCAAAGCCUGCCACAGCAGACCUUAAAGACAGACCCUUUCAGCCCAAGCCUGGCACGGCCACUUUCAUCCGACCAUCAGUGGCAGGGGCACCUGUGCUUCUGGUGGUUCCAGCACAGCCACAAGCUCCAAACAUCAGCUUUAAUGGGCCAUCAUGCAGCCAGAGUUUCACAGUGGUAACACCGCCCGCUGCACCAACAAAUAAACCGGUCAUGCCCAACCAGUCUAGGAAGCCGUGCAGUGCUUGCCAAGUACCUCAGUGUGGUGGGCAGCGGAAGCGGUACACACCCUCCAAGGUGAAAGCUGCUGGGAGUAGCCAGAAGAUAUUCACCUAUUGCCCAGUAACUAGGAAAUCCACCACUAGUGGUUUUGAGGGUGUUGUGUACACGAGCUAUGAGCAUUUUAAAAGUGUUGUAGAUGAGGAACUGGAAAGAAGAAAGAAUGAGGCUCACUUCUGUUAAAAGUCCACAGUUAGACAUAACUCAUACAGAGAUAUACCAAGUAAUUCAAUUUCUCUGACAUCUACUAAAUUCGUUUGUAAACAGCAGUCAAACAGCCCCACAGCAGCCGGUGACUGUAAUUGUCUAUGUAUUUAUUAAAUGCAAGGUUAGUAUUAUUGAUUUGUGAGCAUCUUGAUGAUGAUCAGGCGCUGAGCUAAGAGAAAAAUCCAGAGUGGAAAGAUGGCCGCAUGGCCACAAGAUGGCCACAAGAUGGCCACAUUUGUUUUAUGUUAUUUUAAUAAUAUUUAAGACUGUUGAUUUGUUUGCAAAGUUAUGUUCUGUGUGAUUAGAUUUUAAUUCUGCUGUUUAAACUGUUCAAGUGUGGUGUGUUGAUCAAAAUAAUAA